AUGCCGACAAACUCGAUAAUAACGUUUAAUUUAAAUCAAAAAAUCCAACCGGGUUUGGUCGCGUUGGGAAAAUACGAAAACGAAAUACCCAACCUUACUCUCGUAUCGAAUUCUAAUAAAAUUUUCAUUUACGAUUUGCAACAUUGCGAAAAUAAAACGAAAACGGAAGACAACGUUCGAACGUUAAAUUUCCCCAAUCAGAUCACGAGCAUAGGAACGGCCAGAUUUAAAGAUGACGAUUUCGAUCUUCUCCUCAUUUGCACCGUCAAUCGCAUAUUCGUUUACAACGUUCAUCAAAAUCAAGAUGUCUUCACGAAAGAAUUGUCCGACGGUGGUCACGUCGUUCAAUUCGGCACAGUCGGUACCUCGGAACUCGUACUCGUCGGAGGAAAUUAUUCCGUUCAAGGAUUCGACAAAACGGGCGUGGAAAUCUUUUGGAUCGUCACCGGUGACGACGUUCGUUCUUUGGCACUCAUCGACGUCGACAACGAUGGUGAAAAUGAAUUGGUCGUAGGUUCCGACGACUACGACAUAAGAAUAUUCAAAAACGAAGACCUCGUGCACGAAAUAACGGAAACUCAAAUCGUGACGUUUUUGGUCAACGUCGGAAACGAUUUAUUCGCGUACACUCUCGCCAACGGAACCGUCGGCGUCUACGAAAAACUAAAUCGUUUGUGGCGAGUCAAAUCGAAAAAUAGACCCACUUGCCUUCUCAAGUACGACAUCGACGGAGACGGAUGCGAUGAAUUGAUAACCGGAUGGCAGGGAGGAAAAGUCGACGGGAGACAUUUGAAAACCGGCGAAGUUUUAUUCAAAGAUAAUUUUCAAAACACGGUCGCCGGAUUGUGCGAGGGAGACUGUCGUCGAACGGGUAAAAACGAUUUGAUAGUCGUGUCAACGACUGGAGAAAUUAAAAUUUUCAAUCCGAACGCGCCGAAAUUGAUGGAAGUUAAAAAAUUGGAACCCUCGUUCGAACAAGAAGCCAUACGAGAACUCCUCGCGAGAAAACAAAGCCUUCUGCUAGAGUUAAAAAAUUACGAAUGUAACGUCAAAUACGUUAAUUCUGGUGAAAUGAUGAUGGAUGAGAGCACAUUUGGAGCCAUUCCAGCAAAAACAAGAUUGCAAACGUCCAUCGGAAUCGGUUUAGGUAUGGGAAAGCAAAUUCCGCACGUUGACGUCGUACUAUCGACAAACAACGACACAAUCAUUCGUAGCAUAAUCGUUUUCGCCGAGGGUAUAUUCAACGGUGAAACACAUGUCGAACAUCCGAAAUUAAUAGACGUGAGCAAUAAACUCAGCGUGUCACUCUAUCCCCCCCGCGACGUACCCAUAGACAUACACAUAAAAGCACUCGUCGGCUAUCCGGAAAGUCAACAAUUUCACGUUUUCGAACUCACGAGACAACUCCCGAGAUUUUCAAUGUAUUCCAUGAUGUCGAAUCCUCCUCCUCCUCCUCCGACCGACGUCACUUCUUCCUCCUUCGUCACGUUUACUCUAAACGAACGAAUACAAAGAGUCAUGCUUUGGAUAAAUCGUAAUUUUUUACUCCCGAAUCCUCUCGACAUAAAUUCGACGUCGGAUUUAAAUCUCCACAUGACUUCUCUCCGAGACGAAAAAGAAUUUUUUGCCCUUUCCAUGAAUCAAUCGGGACAAGUGAAAAUACAAACGGACAACAUGACACUCGCCGGAGAUUUGAUACAAUCCCUCGGAACGUAUUUAAAUUUGACUCAUUUGAAAUCGAUUGCGAAUUAUCCGAGAGAAGAACAAAAUUGCGUUCAACUUCUGGAAAAACUCAGGGAUUUGGAAUCCGUUAAAAAUAAACUCAAUUUGGAUUUGGGUGACAAAACGAAUUUGAUAAGAAAUUUAUUGAUAAGGAGCGAAGAUGCGAGACUGUUGAAAGAUUGGAAACUCAUGAUUCGUUAUUACGACGAAUUGAACGAAUUGAAUAACGAUUUGCAAACGUGUUACGAAAUACGAUCGUCUAAUUAUUCCGACAUUGUUAACACGAUUAAAGAACUCAACGGUAUAAUACAAAAAUCAUCGAGGCUUCGUUUUGGAAAGCAUAAAACCGAUCCCGUCACACUUUCUAGAAAUGCAAUUGCGACAAACAAUGCAAAAACACUCAUCAAAGCCAUUCGAGUGGGAGAAGCUUGA